AUGGAGACAGGCGGACCGAGGAGAGAUCAGAGGGAUCAACGACGCUCGAACGAUCGCAGACAGAAAGAUCGAGAUGGAAAUCCGGUCUACACCCCGCUCAGUAGACCGGUGGCGGAAGUGUUGCAGCAUGCCCAGGCCUGUCACAUGAUCCAGCUACCAGCACCAUCGAAAGACGACCCCGAUAAGGACAAGUACUGUGCUUACCACCGCAAUCGGGGACAUGACACCGAGGAGUGUCACGUUUUGAAAGGAUUGAUUGAGGAUUUACUACAGAAGUGGAAGAAGUUCUUCAAGAAGGACAAGGACAAAAAAGACAAAGAUUCCGAGAAAGAUCGAGAGCCUCCCCCAGCAGGUUCAAAGCAAGUUAUCCACGUGAUUUUUGGCGGACCAAAGGGCAGCGACAGCGCUGGAAAGCACCACAAUUGGGCCCGGGACUUACACGUCGGCCUAGUUGAGGAGGCUAAUCCCGAGAAAAGGCCGAAGCUGGAGCCGAUAGUAUUUACGGAUCGGGAUUUGCCGAGUAGUGUUGACUGUGCGACCGAAGCCUUGGUCGUAACCGUAGAUAUUAACGGCGUGGACGUUCAGAGGGUGAUGGUAGACACCGACUCAAGCGUCAAUGUCAUGUAUCUGGAGGUCUUUAGGAAACUCCAGUUAGACCAGUCCGAGCUGACCCCGGUCAGGACUCCGCUUUCCGGCUUCACGGGGGCCUUAAUUCACCCAGAGGGAGCGGUGCGCCUACCGGUUGAGGUCGGGACUGCCCCCAAGGCGCUCCGAGUAAUGAUGGAGUUCGUCGUUGUUGACUUGGCUUGCGUCUACAGCGUGAUACUAUGGAGACCGGGGAUCUCGCAGCUCGGGGCCAUUAUUUCCAUGCCGCACCUCUACAUGAAGUUCCAGACUCCAGGAGGCGUAGGUAUGGUGCGGGGUGAUCCUCAGUCGGCCAGGCGCUGCUAUGUCAGGGCGGUCCAUAAGUAG